UAUAUAGUGGUUCUUGUACAAUUGUAUCUGGUGGCUAUUAUCAAAUACUAUAGACUAAUAUAAGUAUUUGCUAGUAUGAUGGUGUUUACCAUGCAAAAAAGUAGAAUGGUGUCCAUCGUUCGACUGCAAUUUGUUAUUUAGUAUAUUAUUAAAAGAAUAAAGUUAUUCCACAGUGUUAUUGGUUGAUAUAUAUGUACCCGAGUCCCAAUUCAGUUUGGCGCUGAGACAUUACAUUGGCGACGAAGAUUUUAAACGGAAAUAAAAAGUUAAAUGUUUCAAAGUAGGUACCUUGUGUAGUCGUGUUUAAGACCAUGUGUCCAUUACAGAAUGUCGGCAGAAAAGAAGACUGUGGUAGCUUGAUCUUCAAUUGGUACUGGCUUGGGGAAGAUCAGGAUUUGUAUGCUGAACUGUUGGAACAAUUUUUCAUUGCGAAUUAUGUCGAAGAAAAGCGAAAGGUUCCGGUAUUGUUUGCGGUUAUUGUUGCAAAACCGUAUGCUGUCUGAGGAAUGCGUCUGCAUGUGCGGCAAACCACAUUCAUAAGCCUCAGAUAUAAGGCAUAAGGGAAGCUGAUCCGAUCAAAAAAGUCUUAUUCAUUGUGGUAAAGGUAACCAUAAUUUUAAUUCAUGUAAAUACCGUGAAUAUAAAUGUAAGUUGUGUAACAAAAUGGGUCAUUUAGUCGUAGGUAAUAUGUAAGCACAACGUUAAUGUUAAAAAUAUAGAAGUGUUUGAAGAACAGUCUUUUAAUGAAUUUGAGUUGACAGGAUCCAAGUUUAGCUCCUACACUAUUUUUUUGGCUUUUUUUUUCAAAUUGUGU